AUGCGUAACGGAUAUCACGGAAUGACACAAGCCGUCAUUGGAGCGACAAAUAUCGGAACCUGGAAACAGCCGAUGCCGUCCGGUUUCGGUGUUUUGAAGGCGAUGGCAGCCGAUCCAUAUUCAGGACCAUGGGGAGGAAAGAAGUGCCGCGACUCGCCAAUUCAGACGAAGCGCGACUGCUCAUGCAAGGAUGGCGAGUGCAAAGCCACAGAUAAGUGCGUUAGUUGA